AUGGCUGGCCUUUUGAACGGAGUGUCAGACGCGGUCGGAGGCGUGUCACAACCUCUCCUCGGGCAGGAGAAGGCUGGCAACAAGAACCAGGCCUCUUCGGCCUCUCCGACCUCUUCCACCUCGCCCUCGCACUCAGCCACGGCGCCGAAAGACAAUGAAAACGCCGCCGAGGGAACUGGCCUCGUUCAGGUGUCGAUACCGAACCUGCUCCCUACUUCGCUGCUGAACGGCGGCAACACCCGGAGCACCGCAGUCCCCACGAGCCUCGCCAAGAGCACCGCUAGGAGCAGCAGCAGCACCACCGCGGUGCCUUCUUCCGCGGCGGCGCCCACAUCUGCUGCCGCGACGAACGCGCCCACGUCGGCCGCGCCGACUUCCGAUCCAGCGUCGACAGCAGAUCCCGCGACGACUCCAGAUUCGGAUCCGACCACGAUCCCGACAACGAUGACACCGCUCCCUACGACGCUCGAGACCAUCGCCACGUCGCUGCCCUCGACCACCGCCGUGCCCAGCCUCGCUCAGGGCCUGGGCGCGGCGUCUUCUGCGGUCCCGAGUGCGGCGCAGAGCCAGUCCGGAGGCGGCUUCGUCAUGGACCCGUCCAAGAACCCGGUCAUGAUGGCGCUGGUGAUCGCCGUGCCGAUCGGGUUGGCGCUCAUCAUCGGAACCACGGCGCUGCUGUUCAAGAAGGGCUACUUGGGCAGCGGGCGGCGCAAGGGCAGGGUUAUCCAGGAUGAGAUCGAGCACGAGGCGUGGCAAAAGGUACACGCGCAGAAGUUUGGUCCUUCGGCCAACUACUAA